AUGGGGGUGCCGAGUGAUUUCUCUGAGGAAUGCAUGACCGGCGAUUCCGAAUCUAAUCGGAGAGGAUCCAGCAAGCCCAGAUUGUUCAUCAAAGAGAUGGUGAUGAGAAAUUUCAAAUCUUAUGCUGGAGAGCAAAGAGUCGGACCAUUUCACAAGAGUUUUUCGGCAGUGGUUGGUCCCAAUGGUAGUGGGAAGAGUAAUGUGAUAGAUGCGAUGUUAUUUGUGUUUGGGAAGAGAGCUAAGCAGAUGCGCCUGAACAAAGUUUCAGAGCUCAUCCAUAAUUCCACUAAUCACCAGAACCUGGACAGCGCUGGUGUCUCUGUUCACUUCCAAGAGAUUAUUGAUCAAGAUGAUGGAAAUUAUGAGGUCGUCCCCGGAACUGAUUUUGUCAUUACAAGAGUUGCAUUUCGAGACAACUCUUCAAAAUACUAUAUAAAUGACUGUGGGAGUAAUUUUACAGAGGUUACCCGGAAAUUGAAAGGAAAGGGGGUGGACCUAGACAAUAACCGGUUUUUAAUUCUCCAGGGUGAAGUUGAGCAAAUAUCAUUGAUGAAGCCGAAGGGUCAAGGACCUCAUGACGAAGGUUUUCUUGAAUAUCUUGAGGAUAUUAUUGGAACUAACAAAUAUGUGGAAAAAAUUGAAGAAUCCUAUAAGCAGUUGGAGACCCUCAAUGAGAAAAGGUCGGGAGUAGUGCAAAUGGUAAAAUUAGCUGAGAAAGAAAGAGAUAGCUUGGAGGAUGUUAAGAAUGAAGCUGAGGCCUACAUGUUGAAGGAGUUGUCCCUGUUGAAAUGGCGAGAGAAAGCUACCAAAUUGGCCUCUGAGGAUGCUACUUCUCAUGUGGUUGAACUGAAAACAAAUGUAUCCAACUUGGAAGAAAAUCUGAAGAAUGAAAGGGAGAAGAUUCAAGAAAAUGCUAAGACACUGAUGGAUCUUGAAGGAGUACACAAUAAGUAUAUGAAGCAACAGGAGGAACUUGAUGAUAACCUCCGAACCUGUAAGGAUGAGUUUAAAGAGUUUGAGAGGCAGGAUGUGAAGUAUCGAGAAGAUUUAAAGCACAUAAAGCUGAAAAUCAAGAAACUAGAGGACAAGCUUGAAAAGGAUUCAUCCAAGAUUGAAGAGAUAUUAAAGGAGUGUGAGGAUUCAACAACUUGGAUUCCAAAACUUGAGGAAGGUGUACCCAAACUACAACAAUGCCUUUUGGAUGAGGAGAAAGUCCUAGAGGAAAUUAAGGAGAGUGCUAAAGUUAAAACUGAGAGUUACCGUUCAGAGCUUGUGGAGGUCCGUGCUGAGCUAGAACCAUGGGAAAAACUGUUCAUUGAUCAUAAAGGGAAACUUGAUGUUGCUUCUAAUGAAAGCCAACUUUUAAAGGAGAAGGAUGUUUAUAUUCAUGAAGCUGGUUUGGUAGCUUUUGAAGAUGCUCAGAAGCAGAUGAAUGAGAUAACGGACAAAAUUAAAGUAAAGAGUAUGAGCAUCGUUAAGUUGCAAAGUGAUUUAGAGAAAUAUAAACAUGAAGCAUCAGACGCUCGUAAAGUGGAACAGGAUUGCUUGAGAGAGCAAGAAUUACUUGUUCCUAUUGAACAAACUGCAAGACAAAAACUCACAGAGCUUUUGUCUACCAUGGAAUCGGAAAAGAGUCAAGGAUCUGUUUUGAAAGCUAUUUUGCAAGCUAAAGAAUCAAAUCAGAUAGAGGGAAUAUAUGGACGGAUGGGGGAUCUUGGUGCUAUUGAUGGUUAG